AUGGACGCCCGAAUAACCAUGGCCGGCCGAGAUCCAAAGGUCUGGCCGUCCCUAGACGCUCUUUCCGAUUGGGGCCUUGAGGAAACGCUUUCCGAGGCCUCGUCGUCCAUCAGCCAGCAUAUGUAUACCCAUCCAGAUCAGAGCUCCAGCACCACAAACCAGUCAAAAGUCGGGUCUGUUUCGCAUUCCAAUGGCUCAACUUUGGUUUCUUCAAGGACCAGCCCGACCACUGCCAAACAUCUGCCUUCAUUGAGUUAUGUUCAAUUAAUUGAGGACUAUUCUAAAGACUGUUCUGAGCUAAAAAACCAGGUGCUCCUGGCGCUUGAUAAAUUCAAGUUUGAAAUCAUUGCUUCGAACUUGAUGAGGAGCACUGACACGCUAUCAAGCUCUGCUUUAUCGCAGACUAAGGUUCGGAUUAGCGUCUGUGACGUCCCGUCGCACCGGCUUGUUCACUCUCACCGGGCAUUCCACUUGGCGCUGGCGUUACUGCGUUUCGCUAAAAAAAAUGCAGGUCGCAUAAUCCCCGCGUGCUUGAAGCUCGCGACGCUGCUGGCAACAGCGUUUUUGGUUCUCGACAUCAACACGAAGAAAAUCGCCAUUCGCAUAUAUUUGCAACUGGUUACAAAUAAGCUGGACAAGUUUUUGCAAAUCAACCACCAGCUGGAUAGAACGCUUUCUUCACACGUGCGAACAUUCACAAAUAUGGCUAAUGACAAUCUCAAUGUGCUUCUGGGCGGGAGUUCGCAAAGUCGCCGUGUGGCCUUGCCAAUUCUGCUCCAGGGUGUGCUGAACACGCUUCUGGCAACCACAAAUCAGAAAAUCGCCGCACUACUCCCGUUUGCCGAUCUUGAGUACCUCCACAGAUACCUGGACGUUUACCAGCUGGACCUGGGAAGCCAGGAUCUGCGGUUUGUGGGCGUGCUCAACUCUGAGGGACUGGCAGAUGGGUCUGAUCCAGUCCCGCUAAAACCUCUGCGACUGCGCUCUUUCUCGGGCGACUCGCCGCUCCCGCAUAGUCCAACAUUCCCGCAGCCAAAAGCAGCACCGCCGCCGCUCCAAUUGGCGUCCAGUCCGUCGCGGACGUUGCAAUGUUUCAAGUUGCUGCGCAAGAUAUUUUUGUGCGUGCUGCUUGCAAUCGCGGAAGAUGCUCCCGUUGAGCGGACGAAGGAAACGGCACAAAUUGCUCAGCUGUGUGCUCGCAAGUUCAACGUGCGGCUGGCCAGCCACCAUCUGACUUUGCCAACGAAACUGGUGCUUAUGAGCCAUGCUCUGCAGCAGUUGAUUGCCCUGCAGCAGAGUUUGCAACAGGAGGUAGCAGCGGCGAAUGAGGGGCCUCUGGUCGCAGAGGACGUUUCUUCGCCGAAGAAACAGUCCCAGUACAAAGACCUCAUUAGCAAGCUAGACGCAAUAACCAACAAGCUGAGUGCUAUGGAGCUCAACGAAACAGAUUCUGUGGAGAAUCUGACACAGAUUGGCGGCUCGAUCAACGAGCUCGUCGACCUGUACAAUACCAUAAUCGACGGCCUCAGAGACGCAGAUGGUUCUGUGCGCGCAACACCGGUUUCGUCGCCGCAGCUGGCCAACAGAGAGUUCCCACCGCCGAAAAAAAGACAUAGCAGCGGGCUCAAUUUCAAUUUGAUCACGGUGUUUGAGGACCAGGCGGAGACGAAAGACGUGGUGCACACUGAGCACGGCGUUGCGGAGCUGUGCCCGACAGAGCAGAUUCCAGGCGUGCAGAGCAAGGAAGAUUUAAAGAAGACGCUGGAAAAGCUUUGUGCUGGAGAGCCCAGCUAUACGAACGAGACGUUUGAAGCCCGCCAAAACGAUGGGUCGCUGUCGACGUCAACGCCAAUCAAAAGCGAGGAGUUGGACAGUUUCAAAAAAGAGCUCAAGGGCCUGUUGAUGAAUGCAUUGUAA